AAGGCAAAACUCUCGAAUUUAAUAACGCGCUUUUUUGACUUUCCAUUUCAACACACACUGUAUAUACAUACAUACAAUCAUCAAUUCAUCAUAAUUAUAAUUUUUGCAAUAAUAGAAGCAUAUUUGGAUCCCCUCGUCCAUCUUUCGAUUUCACUUUCUCACUCUGAACGCUACUAGCACUGUCCUUAUAUGCUGCAGAAGCAUCGAGCUAGCUAUGUCGAGUAUGAAUCGUCAAUUGCGCUUAUCUUCGUAUCUAAUCAAGCGCUUGCAGCAGCACAACACCAUCACUGCUAAUGAAAUCGCGUCCAGAUCUUUCACCACCAGCGAGUGUCAUCGCCCUACCAUUGUUCAUAAGCGGAGCAUCGAUAUUCUUCACGAUCCUUGGUUCAAUAAGGGAACAGCUUUUUCCAUGACUGAGAGGGAUCGACUUGAUCUUCGUGGUCUCCUGCCUCCAAAUGUUAUGUCAAACGAACAGCAGAUUGACCGUUUUAUGGCAGAUUUGAAGAGGCUUGAAGUGAAUGCAAGGGAUGGACCAUCAGAUCCAUAUGCUUUGGCCAAAUGGCGGAUACUUAACCGCCUGCAUGACAGAAAUGAAACUAUGUACUACAAGGUUCUGAUUGCCAAUAUUGAAGAAUAUGCACCUAUAGUUUACACUCCAACAGUUGGCCUUGUUUGCCAGAACUAUAGUGGUUUGUUUAGAAGGCCUAGGGGAAUGUACUUUAGUGCUGCGGAUCGUGGAGAAAUGAUGUCCAUGGUGUACAAUUGGCCUGCUGAUCAGGUCGAUAUGAUUGUGGUAACUGAUGGAAGCAGAAUAUUGGGUCUUGGUGAUCUUGGAGUUCAGGGAAUUGGUAUUUCAAUAGGCAAGCUAGAUUUGUAUGUUGCAGCUGCUGGGAUAAAUCCUCAAAGAGUACUUCCUGUAAUGAUUGACGUGGGUACUAAUAAUGAGAAGCUUCUUAAAGAUCCUUUAUAUUUGGGACUGCAAGAACACCGUCUUGAUGGAGAUGAGUAUAUUGAAGUUGUUGAUGAAUUCAUGGAAGCUGUGUUUACUCGCUGGCCUCAUGUGAUUGUGCAGUUCGAAGAUUUUCAAAGCAAGUGGGCUUUCAAAUUAUUGCAGCGCUACAGAGACACCUAUAGAAUGUUUAAUGAUGAUGUCCAGGGAACAGCUGGAGUUGCAAUUGCUGGUCUAUUGGGAGCUGUAAGAGCACAAGGGAAAGCGAUGAUCAACUUUCCAAAGCAAAAAAUUGUUGUUGCCGGUGCUGGAAGUGCAGGAAUUGGUGUUCUUAAUGCUGCUAGGAAGACAAUGGCAAGGAUGUCAGGAAAUAAUGAGCUUGCUUAUGAGGGUGCCCGAAGCCAAUUUUGGGUAGUUGAUGCCAAGGGUUUAAUCACAGAGGAGCGAGAAGAUAUUGACCCUGAUGCGAAACCAUUUGCAAGGAAGUCGAACGAAGUUGGGCGCCAAGGACUGAAGGAAGGAGCAAGUCUUGCAGAAGUGGUACGAGAAGUGAAGCCUGAUGUACUUCUUGGUUUGUCAGCAGUGGGAGGAUUGUUUAAUAAGGAGGUUUUGGAGGCCUUUAAGAAUUCAACUUCGACCCGACCUGCAAUCUUUGCAAUGUCUAACCCGACAAAAAAUGCUGAGUGCACUCCGGAAGAGGCAUUUACUAUUGUAGGUGACAACAUUCUAUUCGCCAGUGGUAGCCCAUUUGGAAAUGUUGAUCUUGGAAAUGGUCAUAUUGGCCACUGCAAUCAAGGAAAUAAUAUGUACCUGUUUCCCGGGAUUGGACUUGGUACUCUGCUAUCUGGAGCUAGGGUUGUUUCAGAUGGCAUGCUACAGGCUGCAGCUGAGUGCCUAGCUGCAUACAUGACGGAAGAAGAGGUGCUCAAGGGGAUUAUAUUCCCUUCAAUAUCGAGCAUACGCGAAAUAACAAAAGAGGUAGCUGCUGCUGUGAUCAAGGAAGCUGUAGAAGAAGAUCUAGCAGAAGGAUAUCGUGAUAUGGACCCUCGAGAGCUCGGUAAACUGAACAAGGAAGAACUUGCUGCCUAUGUGAAAAAUAACAUGUGGAACCCGGAUUAUCCAACAUUAGUUUAUAGACAGGAAUGAGACAUAAUCAUCAAUUAACACAUACAGCCUUGCAAAAUGGAAAGCCGAAGACUCAAUUAGUGAAGGCUCGUGCAAAGAUAAAAACCGAACAGAUGGGAAUGCGACAUUACUUGACCGAUCUUUACGAUCACCAGCCUUACACAAAAUUAUGACAACAAUAUAUAGCGGUUGUAAUUCUUGUAACUGAAUGUCAGUUUUAUUUUGGUAAUAAUUAAACUACAGUUAUUUGUGACAUGUAGAAUAUAUUUUUGAGAAUGGUGUGAACAAAUAAAAUGUGUGGUUUGUAUA